AUGAGCAAGAAAACUCAUCGUCAUCAUCAAAAUACAGAGAGACCUACCUUUCAAAAAUUAUUAACUAAAGGUAAAUCUCAUAAAUCCAAUUCAAAUAUAAAUACAGUUCAACAUUCAAAUAAUUCUGAAGUAAAUCAAAAAUAUUCCGAACAGAAAAAAUUUCAAGUCAUCUCUCAAAGAUUUCAUUAUAUCAUGAAUAAAAGGUUUCUAUUAUCUUGUUCAUUAAUAUCAUUCCUUUAUUUAUGUAUUGUAUUAAUAAAAUCUACAAAGUUUGAAAAUAAAUUCAAUCAUAAUGAAAAUGGUAACAAUGAAACAUUACCAAAUUCUUUAUAUGUAACAUUGAAUGCUAACAAAGAGAUCCAUAAUCAAGAUUUCAAUCAUGAAUUAAAUGAUGAAUAUGAUUUACGUCAGAAAAUAUCUUUAUUGAAUAAUCCAAAUUAUUUAAUGCCAACAUUAUGUAUUGGUGUAUUAGUUCGUAACAAAGCUCAUACAUUACCAUAUUUUUUAAAUGGUAUAGAAAAUCAACAAUAUCCAACUAAACGUAUUACAUUAAUCUUUUAUGUUGACAAUACAAUUGAUUCAAGUGAGAUCAUAUUAAAUGAAUGGAUUCAAUGUAACAAAGAUAAAUAUCAUAAUAUAAUUUUUGAAGGUAAAAAUCGUAAUAUAACUAAGUUAGAGUAUGAAAAUUUAAGUAAAAUGUGGACUCAAGAUCAUUAUUUACAUGUUAUAAAUUUACGUCAGAAAUUAUUAGAUGAAGCACGUAAUAUCUGGGCUGAUUUUUAUUUAUCUAUUGACGCUGAUGUGAUUCUUAUGAAUCCAUUGACUAUUGAACAUUUAAUAAAUGUUAUGCUUGAUUCAACAGUAUCUACAUCUAAAUCUAAUUUAGAUAAUAAAAUUAAUGAAAAUAUAAUUAUUUUGGCACCAUUGAUGAAUUGUACAUCAUCUGAACAUUAUUCCAACUUUUGGGGUGCUAUGUCUGAAGAAGGUUACUACCUACGUUCAGAGCAUUAUUUUGAUAUACAAAAACGUCGUAUACAAGGUGUAUAUCCUGUGGCAAUGGUACACUCGAUAUUUUUAAUUAAUUUACAGUUUUAUCAAUCUGAACAAAUUGGUUAUUCUCCUGCACCAAUAAAUUAUACAGGACCAAUUGACGAUAUUAUAAUAUUUUCUAGAUCAGUACAACGUGCAGAAAUUGAUUUUUAUUUAGAUAAUACACAAUUUUAUGGAUAUAUUCCAUCACCGGUUGAAGAACAAGAUCUUGGAUUAUAUUCAAAAGAUUUAAAUAAUGCAUGGCUUUUGCGUGAACAAGAUCUAUUUGUUCAUUUACGUUUACAAGCAAUUAUUGAUCAAGAGGAUAAACAAAGAGUUAUACCUUCAGAAUGUUUAUUAAAUAUUGCUGAAAAUCAAUUACCUAAGUCAAAUAAAUUAAAUUUUGAUGAGAUUUAUUUUAUAAAUUUAUUGAGACGCCCUGAUCGUCGACAAAAAAUGGAGUAUAUGCUUCAUCAGUUAGGUAUAAAUGCUAAACAUUAUGCAGCUAUUGAUGGAAAAGAUUUAACUAUGAAAUAUUUUGAUGAAUUAGGAAUUAAACAACUUCCGGGUUAUACAGAUCCUUACCAUAAUCGGUCGUUGAAAUUUGGAGAAAUUGGUUGCUUUUUAAGUCAUUAUAAUAUAUGGAUUGAAAUGAUCAACAAUGGUUAUAAUCGUAUAUUAGUUCUUGAAGAUGAUCUACGUUUUGCUCCUGCUUUUGUUCGUAAUUUAAAUAAAGUUAUUAAAGAAGCAGAUGAAAAUGUUGCUAAUUGGGAUCUACUCUAUAUUGGUCGUAAAAGAAUGUCAAAAUCAGAGAAACGUGUACCGAAUACAACUAGUUUAACUUAUCCUGAUUAUACUUAUUGGACACUUGGUUAUAUUUUAAAUAGAAAUGGUGCAGAAAAAUUAUUAAAACAAAAACCAUUACAAAAAUUAAUUGCUAUUGAUGAAUAUCUUCCAGUUAUGUUUAAUAAACAUCCUAGAAAAGAUUGGUUAGUUCAAUUUGAACCACGAAAUUUAAUUGCUUUAUCUGCUGAACCACUAUUAGUUGAACCACAAAGGUAUACAGGUGAAAAACUUUAUGUAUCUGAUACAGAAGACUCUGAAAUUUUCCAUAGUAAUUAAAUAAUAUUUAAUGAUUCUUAUUAAAGUAUAGAAUAAUGAAAUGAUAUUGUAUAUUUUCCUUAGAAUUUGUACAUUCCUUAGUAGGAUUUAUUUCAUUUUUGUUUUAAAAAGGAAUAAUAAACAUUGUCCAUUGAAAAAGACAUUUAAUGUUACAGAUGGAUAUUAAAAAAAAUGAAGAAUAUUUGAGUGAACAAUUGUUUUCAUCAACUUCAUCAUCAAGCUCUACAGUUCUAAGUCCAUAAUUAUAAUAUUUUACAAAGCCGAAGCCAUCUGGAUCAACUCCAGAAGACCAAAUCUAUGUAUCCAGAAAAAAAUAUAUCCAGCCUCUUUGUUUACCUUGGCCUACUACUGGAUCACCGAAUACCUAGACUGAAUAUUAUAAACCUCCUUUAUUCUUAUUUAUUUAAUUUUCUUCCUUAUCAUCAUUAUUUUUUGAUAAUCUCUAUCUUAAUCUUCACAUCCAUCAUCCCCAAUUCGUUUAUUGUAAUUACCUUGAUAACACCCACCUUAUUACAUAUUAUAUUCACACAACAAUCUUAUUAUUGUUAUCUCAAUUGACAAGAUUAAAUUCUCGUACUAUGCAUUUUAUUCACACAAUUUUUUACAUUUUCAUUUUUGCUAUAAUACUAUCCUAUUUAUUGUGAGUGGACACUUUACUCCAAAUCAUCCUGACCUUUAUUGAAUGACCUUUCUAAUUUGUUAAAUAAUACAAUUUUGAAGUAUAUAUAUAUAUCGUAACAGAUGCAAACGUUUACCUUUUUUUAACACAUAACCUUGUCAAAUUCAUUAAUACAUGCCUUAUUUUUGGCCUUUGUAAAGUAUAAUAAUUAUGGACUUAAAACUGUAGCGCCUAUUGAUGAAGUUAUUGAAAACAAUUGUUCACUCAAAUAUUCUUCAUUUUUGAAUAUUCUAUGGGGAUUUUUAAACAGAUGGAUAUAAGUUUAAAAAUAAAUGCAUCUUGUUUAAAGUUAUUCUAAUAUUUCAGUAAAAUUCAUGGUGUCAAGAAGAG